AAAACAGAGUUUUAGGGUUUAUGGGGUCACAGCACGAGGGGGACGCGCCAGAGGAUGGAAUUCGCGGCCUCACGCUCCUCAAGCAAGGCGCCGAAGCGCGCGUGUUUGAGACCACAUUUAUGGGGCGGAGAGCUGUCGUCAAGGAGAGGUUCUGCAAGAAGUACAGGCAUCCAUCGCUGGACACCAAGCUCUCGCAGAAGCGUCUCUACGGGGAAGCCAGAUGCAUGACAAAGGCGAGGAAGCUGGGCGUGCGGACGCCGGCAUUAUUUGCCGUGGAUGCCGUGACGCGCUCCAUAACUUUCGAGUUUGUGACUGGCUCUUCAGUCAAAGAUAUACUUUUACAAUCCGGCUUUCCCACUCCUGGUGGCGAGCUGGAGAGAAUUGCUGCACAGAUUGGUGUCUCCAUUGCGCGAAUCCACGACGGUGGAUUGAUACACGGUGAUCUUACGACGUCCAACAUGUUGAUACAUUCGGGAGAACUGGUGAUGAUUGAUUUCGGCCUGAGUUAUACGUCGACGUUCCCAGAGGAUAAAGCCGUGGAUUUGUACGUGUUGGAGCGGGCCUUUCUUUCGUUGCACUCCACCAACGGGGACAUGAUGGGGCUCGUCCUUGCUGCAUAUAAGAAGGCCUCAAGGUUUUGGAGCAGCACUUUAAAUAAACUAGCACAAGUGCAAAUGAGGGGACGAAAGCGCGCAAUGCUUGGAUGAUGAAUCCAACUUGGCUUGACAAAAUCACAGCGUCACGGGCAAAGCCAUCCAUAUGCAGCUCUUAAUCUAACUAACAGCAGGACUGUGCUAUCAUUUCCCACGGAAUUGAAAUGAAAAGAGCAAAAGAAGAGAAAGGCUCAUGACUUUGCAAUUCAA